AUGCAUAUCGCUUACUCUCCUCCCUUCACUUCGCGCCCUCCUAGUGAACCCUUGACUCUGCACUCUAUACUGCAACGCCUAACCACUCUCCACUUUCUGCUGAAGGUCGUGACUGUGAUGGCCACCGCUUCCUUCUCCAACGCCACUUUCUCCUCUGCCUCCUCGUUCUACGCAACACCUUAUGACUCUCCGACAUUGAGGCACAACUCUUCUUUGCAACUCGCACCACUUGUCGACGAGACACGACGACUUUCCGUUGCUCGCCCGACCCUCGACUUUCAGACGGCGCCGCCAGACUCCCCACCGCUGGACGCACGGCUUUCCCACUUUCAGCCGUCUUCACAUCUGCUCGCCAGUAAAGCACGCCAGCACGGAAGCGGUCUGCACCCUUUCGAGCCACCAACCCUCUCGGGCCUUCACUUGGCUCCCCCGACCUCGCACCAACAACCACUCUCCCCUCGUCAGACGCGUGCGCUCCACCCGGACACCUCGUCUCCGGCCAUUGGCCUCAAGCUGGCCGGAACCCCUUCGGCACGGCAGACUCGACUCCCCAUGAGACAGAGGCAGAUGGGCGAGAUCCUCACUCUCGCCAGUCGAAACCCGGCGGACCUCGAUCUGGGCCAGCAGGAAUCCUCAAACAUGGCUGAAGCCACCAAUCAAGGAGCAUCGGUGGAGACCAAUAAUACUUGGCCAAUUUUCCGAUUCUACAGUCUUUCGGCUGCAGCCUAUUUGGGGAACGGAGUGAAUUCAGUCAAACGAAGGCCAAUAGUAGUGGCGGACAGGAGGGACGUAUUCAGCAAAGAGGGUAAGUACUUUUCUCCUCCACAUACACACACACACACACAUACACACACACACACGCAGAUUCACUAA